AUGGCAUCCGCAGAGAACGUUGCAGGCAUCAUUCCCCGGGAGGCCCAAAAACCGGGUCUGUGGCCCGAGGUUUUCCACGAGACCGAGAAGGAGCAUGUCCUGGUGGCCUCCACGCAUCACGUGCGAUUGAAGAUUUGCAAGGCGCUCCUUGACGAGGUCUACAUCCAGAACAACGGUGGCAACUUAGUGCUCAUCUUCAUCAACGACUUUGACCUCUGCGACUUCAAGACUCGGGGU